AUGAAACUGGUCAAGAUCAACUUCAGCGACGUCGCAGACGACUGUAGGAAUGGGCGGGCUACACGUUUCAACACCAGCUUCCAUCCUGCAGACCAAGUUCCCGCCAAUCUACCGAGGCCUUCAGAGGCGCCUUAUGCCUUCGCCCGGUGGCUUCCGCUAAUCCUUCAGACCCGAAACGUCGAUCCGUCGGCCGUUCAGACGGUCCGUCUUUCUCGCGGCCAAGCCCACCUCCUUGUGGAUGCCUCAGCAACUUCCAUUAUCACGGGUGAGUUGAGCCGCGCGCUCGAGGAAGAUCUCAAGGAUGAAGUUGCCCCUGCCUUUUCGUCUCUUCACUUCCCACCCGAGGGGCUCUUCAUGCGCUUGACGGGCUGUUCGCCCAAGGAUGGAAGAUGGAGAGAUCCCACCCGACCAUCACUUCACUCCACGGACGACAUCAUUCUUCGUCUGACAACCUCGCAUCGAGCACGUAACGACAUUGUAAAAAGUCUCAAAUCCGGGUUGGAAACCGUCGACAUCACACUAUUGCCUUUCGAUGCUCAGAUGGACAGUAGGCGCGAAUACCGAGUAUUCUGCUGUCCUACAACCGGAAACAUCACGGCCGUGAGCCAAUACUGCUGGCACAAGCCUUGGCUUUUCCACUGCAGACCGGGUACGGCGUUGAAGCCAGUGGCGGACAAGAUUUGGGCCGGCAUUGUUGCCCUUCAUCGGCAAAUCAUGAACGAUCUCAAGCCGGACGCCGAACUCGAUAAUCUCCUGCUCAGACAAGGGUUCACGUUUGACGUCUUGUACGACGAGGACAAUGGAACAACGGAACUUGUUGAGCUGAAUGUGUUUGGGGCGAGGAGUGGGUGUGGAUCUUGUCUCUUCAAUUGGGUCAACGACUUCUCCCUACUUUACGGAGAAGGUAAGGAUGUACAGUUCCGGGUCACUUAUUGA